CGGCGGCCCCCGCUCCCUGACCGCACGUGCCGCACCCGCCCUCCGGCACUGGAGCGCCCCGCGCUGCGCGGACCAAGCCCGACGUGACCCCACCUGACCUGACCUGAGCGGACCGGACCUGAGGCGACCAAAGCUGGCCGGAGCGCACGGCGCGUGGCCGGCCGCCCCAGGACCCGGCCCGGCUCGGCGGGGCAUGGUGUCGACACUGGGCGGCGUGGUGUUUCAGAUGAGCUCGACGCCGCUGCUGAGCCUCGCCAAGAUAUCGUCUCCGUGGAACCCGACGGCGCCCGGGCCGCAGCCGCCGGCGCCGCCCGCCGGCACGGCCACGCCCACGGUCGCCGGCCACGCCAUGAGCCUGCCCGACACGCCCACCAACGGCCUGGCCAAGGAGGACCACCUCAAGCUGGCCGGCGACACCGGCAGCGUCACCUCGGAGGUCAGUGGUCGGUCCAGUGUCGGAGCGACGCCCUCAGCUGAGGCGGCCACGCUGGGGUCAAUCCGUGCUCCCUGUUUCCGUCCCGCCGUCUCGAAAAAACGCCUGCUCAGGGGUAACGUGCCAUUGCAAUGGAGAUGAAGUGAUCUGGCGAAGAAGCCGAAAGAAAUGCGCCCUUGGUGUUCUUAGCAAUCGUAGCGAUUAUCUUGGCUCGCAGUAAUCACACAGUCCCGCGCGGCGGUAGCGGGACUGCCCAGCGACAAUUUUUGUCAAUAGGAUAAUUGCCGUCUGUCUGGGCGCGGGCCACUUCCCUUUCGCGUCGCGGCGCGAAAAAUUAAGAUUGUGAAUGCCUGAUAUAGAUCUUGCUCGGUCACGCCGCCACCUGUCUUCGGAAUGAAGCCAAAGUACGGUAUUCUGCAGUGAUGGUCACGCAACAGCUUGCCGUUGCCAGCUCGGGCCGAUCCGCCACCUGCCUUGGCGUGGGAAAGCACGCCCAUCGCUGAUUCCGUGCCUGGCGUGCUGGAUCGGAGAUUCAGGGCCGGGGCGGUGCCUGAUCUGCAAUCUUCAUCUCGUCAUUUGUUAAUAGGUAGCUGAUGCUGCGGUCGGCCGGUCAUGUCGGGUCAAAUGAGGGUCAUGUCGGGUCAAACGAGGGUCA